AUUCUAGGGAAAGAAAGGAAAUGCUGAAACGGAAAGUUUUAGAAUUUUUUUUCUUUCUGAGAUUUGAUAUCCAUAAAUCACGAUAUUCUCCCGCCUUGUUUUUCCUCCAAAUCUUCCCUUGUGUUAGGCUAUAAAUACUACGAUCCAUUUGUCUCAAACUCACUAUUCUGAUUACAGAGAGCAAGCAUCAAAAAGAGGAGGAAGAAACUGUCAGAAUGCGAGAUUUUGAAAGUCGUCAGCGAGCAGCUCUUUACACAAUGCUUAUGCUGAUGCAAAUUGUGACGCUACUUGAAUUUUACAAAAGAUAUAUAUCUUUACUUACAAGGUCUCCCUAUACAAAUAGAACUAGUUUGAGAAAUGAGGUAUUGGGAAGAAUGUAUACAGAGAGCGAUACUUAUUGCCAUGAACAACUAAGAAUGAAUUGAUCUGUUUUCCAUCGCUUGUGUGCACAAUUACGAGGGUAUGGAUUAGUUGAUGGCAGAUAUGUCAAAGUUGAGGAACAAGUAGCCAUGUUUUUACAUACCGUUGGUCACGACUUGCGGGUUAGAAAUUCUGUUUUCCAGUUCUGUCGGUCGGGGGAAACUGUUAGUAGAUAUUUCCAUAUGGUUUUAUCAUCCUUGCUCAGUUUGUACGGGGAUGUAGUUAAGCCGGCUACCGCUGCAAACUCUCCUGUUGAUUGUUCCGUCGAGCGCAAUUGGCAUCAUUAUUUUAAGGAUGCAGUGGGUGCGAUUGAUGGUACUCAAGACAGGUCCUUGGCCAAAGUGGAUUUAACAUUGAUCCAAGAACCCAGUUUCUGCUGACGAAGAUGCAUGGAAGAAAUACGUAGAGGCACACCCCGAAGCUGUAGGUGUUAAGGAAAAGCCUAUGAAAUUCUAUGAUCAAUGGCAAGUUAUAAUUGGACAUGAGCAGGCUACAGGUGAUAGGGCAGUGGAAGGCGGAGACUUUUCUUCUCCUCAAUUUCAAGAUCCAAUAUCUGACUCGCAAACUCCCCCUGAUGAUUUUUAUGGUGAUAGUGUUCCACUUGAUGAGUUUGCGAACCCCAACUCUACUCAAAGGGAUACAACUCCAUCUGGUUUUAAUACAACUCAGCCAAGUGUUGGACCAACACAAAGGCGCAAAAGGCCGCGUGCUCUUGAAGAAGGUAUCAAUCAUGGCAUUACUGGGAUGGUAGAAGCUGCGAAUAGAAUUGCUGCAACUUUUGAGGGUCCAAACUGGCAGAAGAUUAAAGCCGCCUUAGAGGAUAUGUCGGAACUAGAAGAAGAUGACAUUUAUCAAGCGGCGGAACUAUUCAAUAAGGAUCCAUGGAUGGCUCGGUAUUUCUUAUCAUUGUCCGAAGGAAGGAAGCUAGCAUGGAUAAAGAUGAAGCUUCAGAAUAUAUAGUUUGGGUUUCCAUUUGUUAGAACUUUUUCUCCACAUAUUUCAUAAUGUUUAGAUUUCUGAUGUUUUAUUUGCUUUUAUGGCUCAGAACUUAAAUCAAUAAAUAUGAAAAAUAUA